ACUUUGACAACGACGAGGAGGAAGUUAUUGCUGAAGAAGACGACGCUGAUUUCAAUUUUACGGACGUGGUUGCCGAAAAAGAUCGUAAAAAAAGUUACGAAGUGGAAUUCAAAGUUCACUCUGUUCAAGGUAUUGUCAAGAACCAAGACGAAGAAGUUACUCAUGUGUCUAAUAUUCUUGGUAUCCAAAAGCAACAUGCUGCGACAUUACUUCGUCAUUUUUGUUGGAAUAAAGAAAGACUUAUCGAGAGAUAUAUGGAUGAUCCAAAAGAUGUCCUGCAUAAAGCUGGUGUCAUAACUGAUGAUUCUAUGAUUCCAAAGUUCGUAAAGGUUCCAGGUUUUGUAUGUGAGAUUUGCUGCGAUGAUGAAGAUAUAGAAACUUUGGCUCUGUCAUGUGGUCAUCGAUUUUGUCGAAGUUGUUACGAACAUUACUUGACACAAAAGAUCAAGGAGGAAGGUGAAAGUCGUAGGAUAUCGUGUAUGGCCAAUGGUUGUAAUGUUAUCGUGGAUGAAAAAACGGUGGAAUUAGCAGUUAACAAUGACAUACACGAAAGCUGUGAAUAUGCGAUCGAAUGCCAUGUACCACAAGCUUCUCUCACAAGUAUUGUACCAACAGUCGAAUGUUCAUGUAGUCACCGAUUCUGCUUCGGUUGCAGUUUACCUGAUCAUCAACCAUCGAUUUGUACGCUUGUUAAAAGAUGGAUCAAAAAAUGUGAGGAUGACUCAGAAACAGCUAAUUGGAUCUCUGCACAUACAAAAGAAUGUGGGAAAUGUCAUUCUACCAUUGAAAAAAAUGGUGGAUGUAACCAUAUGACCUGUCGCAAAUGUAAGUACGAAUUUUGCUGGGUCUGUAUGGGACCAUGGUCAGAACAUGGUACCAGUUGGUAUAAUUGUAAUCGUUAUGAUGAAAGAAGUAGUCAGGAUGCUAGAGAUCAGCAAGCAAAAUCUCGUGCAUCCUUGGAACGAUAUCUUCACCUUGAUCGUGAACUUUAUAAUAAGACUGAAAAGAAGAUGGAAGAAAUGCAACAAACAUCUGAUUUAUCUUGGAUUGAAGUUCAAUUCCUUAGAAAAGCUGUUGAUACUCUUGUGCAAUGUCGUAUGACACUUAAAUGGACAUACGCAUUUGCAUUUUAUCUCGCUCGUAACAAUCAUACAGAAAUGUUUGAGGACAAUCAACGUGACCUUGAAAUGGCCGUUGAACAACUUUCAGAAUUAUUGGAAAAACCCAUUGAACCAGAGAAAAUUAGUGAAUUGAAAGAACAAGUCUUGAAUAAAACUGUUUAUGUUUUGAAUCGUAGAGAGGUAUUAUUAGAUGAUACCGCUAAAGGAUUGCUUGAAGAACGAUGGGAAUAUCAGGUAGAUAUCACGAGCUAA